UGCGCCGUCAAGGUGCUACAACCUCACAGGAAGAAAACAGACUAGCAGAGCAGCUAAUGCUAACAGGAAAACGUCAAAUUCAUGUAGCCAGUUAGCCAUGUAGCUAGCUACUGAUGUGUUUUUAAAAGGCAUACAUAGACCAUACAGACUCCAGCUAACGGUUUAAAUACCAGAACGAAGGAAUACAACGGGGAAAGAUGCAGGCCGGCGACCCUGUAGUUGGUGUAGCUGGUGCUCAGAGUCGGUCGGAGGACGAAGAGUCACUUGGAGUCAAAGAUGUGAAAAGGACUGCAACACAAGCAUUUGGCAGCGGUGUUCCCAAACGCAGAAGUUCCUCAAGGUCAAUAAAGAGGAAGAAGUUUGACGAUGAACUGGUGGAGAGCAGUCUGGUGAAGUCUUCCAGCAGAGUCAAAGGCCCUCCUGUCAUAGAGCCUAUCCGCUUUUCAGGGAGUGAACCUUCAUCCAGCGAGAAAAAGAAGGUGACAAAAUCAGGAACCUCUCUCUCACUGCCUCUCACCAUGGUAGUCAACCCUGCCCCCAUCACCAAAAGAGUAAAGAAAAGCAAGCAGCCUCUACAUAUUACUAAAGACUUGGGAAGAUGGAAACCCACUGAUGACCUGCUACUUAUAAAUGCAGUGUUGCAGACCACAGACCUAACCUCUGUUCAUUUGGGGGUGAAGUUCAGCUGUCGUUUCACGUUGCGGGAAAUUAAAGAGAGGUGGUACUCACUCCUAUAUGACCCUGUUAUCUCAAAGCUAGCAUGGCAGGCCAUGCGUCAGCUUCACCCAGAAGCCAUUGCGGCAAUCCAGAGCAAAGCUCUCUUCAGUCAGGCUGAGGAGGCCCUGCUGGCUAAGGUUGGCUCGACCAGUCAGCCCAAGCUGGACGUGUUCCAGGAGCUUCUGAGCAAACAACCCGCUGUUUUUCACCAAUCUCGCACCCCCAAGAGCCUGCUGGUACACUGGCAGCUGCUGAAGCAGUACUACCUACUGGAUGACCAGAGCGUCCAGCCUCUCCCUAAAGGUGACCAGGUCCUCAACUUCUCUGAUGCUGAACAGAUGGUUGACGAUGUAAAGCUAAAGGAGAGUAGAGAUGAGGUGUUGGAACACGAGCUGAUGAUUUCUGAUCGGCACCAGAAAAGAGAGAUCAGACAGUUAGAGCAGGAGUUGCCUCGUUGGCAGGUCCUCGUGGACAGUAUUACAGGGAUGAGCAUGCCUGACUUUGACAACCAGACACUAGCAGCGCUACGAGGAAGAAUGGUCCGCUACCUCAUGAGAUCGCGGGAGAUUACAUUAGGCCGGGCGACCAAGGACAAACCGAUAGAUGUGGAUCUAUCACUAGAGGGACCUGCCUGGAAAAUAUCAAGAAAACAAGGAAUUAUUAAAUUGAAGAAUAAUGGAGACUUUUUCAUCGCAAAUGAGGGGAGACGACCCAUCUACAUAGAUGGCAGACCGGUCCUGUCGGGCAACAAGUGGAAACUCAACAACAACUCCGUGGUGGAGAUUGCAGGUCUCCGCUUUGUGUUUCUCAUUAACCUGGAACUCAUCUCACUAAUAAAAGCUGAAGCAGCCAAGAUGGCCCCGCAGUGAAUGUCCGCCCUGAGCAGAAGAGUGAACAUACAGGACAUGACUAACUGGUUAUCUCAUGAAGCAUGGUAGUGCCACCACAAAUAAGUGACAACUGCCAUGUUUACUGAAAUGUGAAUUAUUAAACUGACUACAGCUAAAUCCUGGGGAAAGGUAGUAACAAGUGUUGCUUGUUGUUUGGACAGUUUCCAUGUUGUAAUGUAGACACUGUCAUGGUAAAGCCUUUGUUUUUGUUUUUUUCUUACAUUUUCAGAAUAUUGUAUUUAAAUUCUGUAGUAAAACUUUUCAAAAUAUUAAACUUGUUUACACAAAGUU